AAUGUGAACCAUUUGUAAUAAUGUAUAAAAACAUCCUAAAUGAGUGGUAUGGUUUUUUAAAGAGAAACGAGUGUAGCAGAGAUAACAGCAUGAAGUGGUGAGAAUCAUCCAGCUGUGUCGUACUCUAUCUGCUCACAUACAGCGCACACUUCACCGCUGAACAGCUCCACUACAAGAAACUCUCACAUUAAUAACUAAUGCUAAUAAGUAGCUUCAGAUAGUCAGACUGGGAAAUAAUCAUGAAAGACCAGGAGUUACUGUUGUCUGUCGGUCUGUCUGUGGGUCUGCUGUUGCUGCUGCUGCUGCUGGGUCUAAUGGCGUGCUAUCUGUGGAGGAGGAAGAAGUCGAAGAAGGGUCGGAGUCAGUACGAGGAGCUGCUCUCCACAGUGCCUUCAGUACCAGCAUGCUCUGCUCCGGUGAUCCUGGUGUCACAGGGCUCCUGGGCCACGCCCAGUGAGAUCCCUUUCACUUUGCCUCCUCGCUUCACAACACAAAACCACGAGGACCUGAAAAAUGAAGAGGAAGAGGAGGAGGAGAUGAAGAUGGAGGCACGGCGGGACAUACUGGCCCAUCGUGGGUCACUCUCAGUAAGGAGAUGGUACCCGGUGGGGACGGUGCUGGCUGGUCUCUACUCCGUUCCUCCUCUGAACGAGGUGGUGGCACCUCCUCCUGGCAUGGCCACCCGCCUCUGCUUCUCUGUGGAGUACCGACACAGUGGCGAGCAGCUCAUGGUCUCCUUGCUCCGCCUCGGCAACCUCCCUCCCCGUUUCCAUGGCAACGUCACCCUGGUGGAGCUCCGGCUUCUCCCUGAUGACCGGAGGCCCCGUCAGGCUAAGGCCAGAGGCACGGGGCCCGACCCGGAGUUCAAUGACUGCUUCGUUUUCCAGGCGAGGACAGACAAAAAAAAAAAAAACUUUGUGUCUGCUCUCACACACUUCCUGUGUCCCCCCCCCCCACAGGUGUCAGGUGUGUGCGUGCCUCAGAGCACCCUGAGUGUGUGUGUGCUGAGUGUGGAGCAAGACGGCAAACGGCACGCAGUGGGCAGGGUGCUGUUUCCUCUAGAGGGGGAGCUCGGUCAGGCUGGCAGGGUGCUCUGGAGGGACCUGGAGACGGAGGACGACACACAGUGUUCAGAGCUGGGUGACGUGCAGAUCUCUCUCAGCUACAGUCCGUCUCUGCAGCGCCUCUCUGUGGUGGUUCUGAGGGCUCGAGGCCUGCAGCUGCUGACAGACGCAGGUGUGUGUGUCCAGGUGAGCUUACAGAUACACACUCAGGUGGUGAAGCUUAAACGCAGCUGUGUGGUGAAAAGUGAACACAGCCCCUACUUCGACCACAGGAUGACCUUUAAACUGCGCUUGCAGCACCUGGACGAGGCCUGUCUGAGAUUUGAGCUGCAGCAGCCAAACGACGUCCGCUCAGGUUAA